GAACGACAAAACUCUAUCACCGAUUGACGUAUUCUGAGGUGCGUCGGCAGGCCGUAUGCAUUGGCAGACUCUGGAUUCCAACGAUGAUUUCAAAUGUCAAGAGAUGCAGUUCAUAAUGGAGUUACGCCGCGGCAUCUACGACAUCUAGUAUGCUGCUGCCAUACACCUACAGUCCAAGUCCCAAGCAAGUAAGCAACCAAGCAAGCAAGGAAUCCAUAUCGACCACCAGCCAUUCUCUACCCAGUCGCCCCUCAAUCAACACGCUCUUCAACUCUUUCAAAUAGCAACUCGCACACAACUCGAUCACCACCCUUCUGUUCACCAUGCCAGCACGCCCUCCACCCCUCAGCACCCCUCACUCCCUACACACGCACCUCCUCUCCUUCCUCACUCUUUCAAUCCAUACAAUCUUACACGCGCGCGGUCUCUAUCCUGAGAAUACCUUCCUCCUAACACGCGCUUUCAAUUUCCCUGUCCCUCAAAAUCGCCACCCAGAACUUUGCGCCUACAUAAACUCCUGCGUCAGCGCCAUAACCCCUCAUCUCCAAGCCGGAACCAUCAAUACCGUCUCUAUCGUAAUCUAUUCCGAUUCUCCCCCCGCAGUCGCACCCUCUUCCUCUGCCGCCAAUAUCUCCUCUCCUCCCACAGGACCUGGCCCAUCUUCUUCCCCAUCAGUCCAAAUACUCGAACGCUACAUCUUUAACCUUUCCUCCUUCCCUUCCAUCCCCUUCAACGAACGAUUUACAUUUCUCGAAGGACGCGCUCCUGCAGAUGUAAAUGCUAUUCGCAAUAUCGAUGUCGAAGAAGAAUUACGUGCGUGUUUAAGAAAACUAGCUUAUAGUGCGGGUAAAUUAGAGGACUUGAAGAAUCCAGAGGAGUGUACGUGGGGAGUUGUUAUGGAAAUGAAAGAAGAUGAGGGGGAGGGAAAUGCGCCAAUUGGACAUCCGCAGCGAUGGGAACCGGCAGUGGCGGAGUUGCAAAUCCCACCCGGAGGCGCAACAGAUAUAAAAGGAAAGGGAAAAGCUAGAGAUAAUGAGGCGGAAACUAGGAAAGAGAGUAGAGUUGGGAAGGCGAGAGGAGGUAUAAAGAGUACAGCUAUCAGGGCGGUGGAGGUGGGAGAUUUUAUUAUGGAAGCUUGGAUUGAAGAAGGAAAAGCCAAGUUUGAGAAUCAAGAAAUGGGCUCCCAUGAAGAGGGACAGCAAAAUGAGUGAAUGAUGGAACAUUAUCAACUCAAAUGAACGAAAUAAGAGGUGUUUGCACCAACAAAACUAGUACUUGCAGAGCAGGAAACCAACCAUAAGACACGCGCCGUGUAGUUAGCAGCCGUCAAACUCAGGUCUCGAAAUCGUAGAAGUCUAGGUACCUACCUACUACUAUCCUCAGACUCGAACGAUCAUGGUUCAUUAUGGAUACAAUACCUUAACAUAUUCAAAGUACUCUUCUUUCCCUAUCCUUCCACUCACCCCCAAAACUCAAAAUCUGCAUCGGAGCUCUAAGGGGAACGAAGGAAGGAAGGAAAGGGAUUUACGAACUGCAAGCAAGUGAGUAUACCAAGGAAGGCAGUUUUGCAUGUCUGAAUCAAAUAAGAUAUCUAUUCA